CUUCCCUCGACAGUCGCCGGGCUAACGAGUUUUGCCUCCUCUUCCUCUGAAAUUUCCCCUCCCAGCCACCAACGUGCUUACAGGAGUUCCGACAAGAGGAGUUGAAUUCUGGUGUUGAUUCUUCGUACUACAGCAACGAAAUGGGGAAGCUCGGGAAGAAAGCAAGGAAGUUCGCGAAGAAAAAUCUUCAGACUGUGCUCAAAAGGAAGCGGAAACUGAAGUCUAUGUUCAAAAAGAAAGCUCCGUCAAAACAGAUCAAGGACGGUGUUGAAAAUCAAAAGGACGAUGCAUCGAAGCUCCACAGUCGAAUGAAUGGUGAAUCUGAUGCAAACGACAAUGUUUCUUUGGAUGCUAUUUUCAGUGAAGAUGAAUAUGAUAUGCUUGAAAAUGAUUCUGACAGCGAUGGAUACAUCUCAGAGGAAUUAAGCUCGUUUAACACUGCUGAAAAUGGAAUUGACAAUAAUUCAGAAGGCGGCACUGACAUGGUUAGUCCCAACCAUUUAUCGGAUCAGAACAAAGAAAUUCUUUCAGAACUCACAAAGAAAGCAAAGCAAUUGAAUAGGUUGAAAGAAAAGGAUCCAGGAUUCUUGAAGUUUCUGGAAACCAAUAAUAAGGCAGUUACGCCUUUCAGAGACGAAGACGCUAGUUCUGAUGAGGAAACCAUCAAUGAUGAUGGUCUAAAUCGAGAAGAACAGAGCAAUAGUUCUAAUAAAGGCUUUUUGCUGAGUAGCUCUGUUGUCGAUUCCUUGUGUGAUCAAGUUAAGAACAAGCAUGAUUUGUCUCUUCUUACCAGUCUAAUAAACGGGUAUCGAGCUGCGUGUCACUAUGGAUCUGAAGCAGCAAGCAAUGUAGAUGCUGUCAGAUGUUAUAAAAUUGGAAACAGUGAAACUUUCUCCAAGAUAUUAAUCUUCACACUCGGUGAGGCUGACAAUUUAUUUAGGGAGCAUCUAGGACUCACGAACUCCAGAGUGAAGAAGGAGACAAUUUUAGAAAUGAAAAACACCCAAAAAUGGAAAGCGGUCAAGCCUUUAAUCAAGUCAUAUUUAAGGAGUUGCUUAUUUCUCUUGAAUGACGCUUCAGAAACUGAGAUAUUGAGGUUCGCCUUGGCUCAAAUAAGAGCAUCCAUAAUAUUUUUUGCAGCUUUCCCUUCUCUACAGCGGCGGCUCAUCAAGAUUGCAGUACAUUUGUGGGCGACUGGUGAAGGAACGCUCUCGUCCCUCUCAUUUCUCAUAAUACGAGACUUGAGUUCUAUGCUUGGUUCUAAUGGCUUCGACUCCUGCUGGAUUAAAAUGUACAAGGCUUUCAUUGCUAACAGCAAAUUUGCAGAGCCGAUUCUGCAUAAACAUAUGCAAUUUCUGAGAGACUCCUUUGUUGAGUUAUGCUCUCUUGAUGUCCAUAGAACUACUACUAGAGCCAAGGCUUCAAUCCAGCAACUUACAAAGAUACUGCAUCAGGGUUUACGAACAAAGAAGAAAGAAGCUGUCAAGAUGAUGUGCAGUUGGCAAUAUAUCAAUUGCAUUGAUCUCUGGGUCAAGUUCAUUGCUGCAAAUUUCCAGGAUUAUGAUUUCCAAACACUGCUCUAUAAUAUUAUUCAGAUUAUAAAUGGAGUGGCCGUAUUGUUUCCUGGUCCUAGAUAUCUACCUUUAAGAGUUAAAUGCAUUCAGUGGUUGAAUCAUCUUUCCAGCUCCAGUGGGAUUUUUAUUCCUGUUGCAUCAACAGUGUUGGAUAUUUUGGAACAUAUACCCGGCAAGGAGAGCAAGAAUCCAGGAGCUCACUUCAACCACUUGUCUGCCCUACAGCUGCCAAAAAAUUGGUUGAAGUCGCGGAACUUUAUGGAGGAAUGUGUUUUAUCUUCCAUUGAGCUUCUUUCAGCUCACUUUGCUCAAUGGAGCUACAGUAUAUCUUUCCCUGAACUUGCUACUAUUCCACUUACUCAACUCAAGAAGUUUCAUGCGACAACUACAACCGAGAACCUCAAGCGAUUGGUAAAGCGUUUUAUUGAUCAGGUUGAGCAGAAUAUCGACUUCGUGCAAAAAAAGAGAAAUGAAGUCUCAUUUUCACCCAAAGAUCAGCAAGCUGUUGAAUCAUUUCUUCAGCUAGAGAAAUGCAACAGCAACGCUCCGUUUACACAAUAUUACAAAAGCGUAUUGGACAAAGCUGCAUCCAGGCAUAUGUCUCUGGAUAAAAAGUUACCUGGAGCCAACAAGAACAAAAAGAAAAGACAACAGCUUGAAAACAACAACCAAAUUGAAUCGGCUACUAAUGGCAAAGUACAGCCCGAGAAGAAACGAGCGAAAAAGAGGAAAACUUGAGGACUCGUUGGUGGUCGUGUUCAUUUUCUAAUACGAGGUAACAGGUUUUUAUCAGUCAUCUUUCUCCAAAUAUUGUGAGAUUUUUUAGCCCUUUGGUAAUUUCAGAAAUCGAUCUAUAUCACAUUAAUCAGGAGCCAACAAGUUAGAUAUUAGAAUUGUACUUUUAGAUUAGUUAGGGCAUUGAAAUUCAUUGUCUUUGGGGUAAUAUCAAUUUUGUUUACAAGUCAUCCUUCAUAUCUUUUAUAUC